AUGGCUGUUCUUGGUCUCGUGUUUCUUUCCAUGCUGGUUUCGCUAAUUUUCUUGCUCGGACUCCAUAAUGGUUUUCUCUCAUCGGCUGGAUAUGCUACUGAGCAACCUAAUUCAGCCACAAAACAUUUAAGAGUCUAUGAUCAACACAGCAGUGCUGACACCAGAAACCAAUCAAAGAGAAACCAGUCAACACACGUGGAUGACCUUAUAAGAAGAUUGGUUCCAACUCGUCCGAAGACUGUGGGGGAGAAUCCUGUCACGGAAGCUGAGAAUGAAACUUAUGGCCUCCCUAUUCCUGCUGAUUCGCCAAAACUACGGCAGAAAAAUAAUACUGGACUUGCUGUUACAGAUGAUGCAGUUAAGAAUUUUAGAGGAGCUGAUGAAAGUGAAAUGCUGUGUGAAUUGAAAUAUGGGAGUUACUGUUUAUGGCAUCGAGAACAUAGGGAAAAAAUGAAAGACGCUGUAGUGAAGAAGAUGAAGGACUUACUUUAUGUCGCUCGUGCUUAUUAUCCAAGCAUUGCAAAACUUCCAGCAUUUAACAAGUUGUCACAUGAAAUGAAGCAAAAUAUUCAGGAUUUUGAACGUGUUUUUAGUGAAGCUAUGAUGGAUAAAGAUCUUCCUCUUCAGAUCGAGGAGAAGCUAACUAAGAUGGAGGCAGCAAUAGCCAGAGCAAAGUCAUGCUCUGUGGACUGUAAUAAUGUUGAUAAGAAAUUAAGACAACUAGUCGAUCUGACGGAGGAUGAAGCUAAUUUCCACAGGAAGCAAAGUGCCUUCCUCCACCAACUUGCAGUUCAAACCAUGCCAAAGAGUCUCCAUUGUCUUUCCAUGCGGUUAACCGUGGAGUAUUUUAGAACUUCACUUGAUUUGGAGCAGUCAUUGUCUGAGAAAAUUUUAAACCCAGACUUGCACCACUAUGUUAUAUUCUCCAGGAAUCUACUUGCUUCAUCUGUUGCAAUCAACUCGACUGUACAGAAUACAGAAGAAAGUGAGAAACAGGUUUUUCAUGUCCUGACAGACAGGGAAAAUUACUUUGCUAUGAAAUUAUGGUUUUUCAUAAACAAGUAUCGGGAAGCCACAGUUCAGGUUUUGAAUAUUGAAGAUCAUAAGUUGAACAAUCACUAUAAGUUGGCUCCACUGCAUCUAUCGUUGCCUGAAGAAUUUCGUGUUUCUUUUCUUAGAGUUGACAAACUCUCUAGUUAUCAGAUUAGAACGGAGUACCUAUCAAUAUUUUCACAUUCCCAUUAUCUCCUUCCUGAGAUAUUUCCAACUUUGAAGAAAGUCGUGGUUUUGGACGAUGACAUCCUCACUCAAAGGGACUUAUCAGACCUUUGGAGCCUUGACAUGGGUGGAAAAGUGAAUGGUGCUGUGCUGUUCUGCGCAGUGAAGUUAGGGCAGCUGAAAACUUAUUUGCCUAGGAACAGUUUCUCUGAAAAUUCUUGUGCUUGGAUGUCUGGAGUAAACAUUAUUGAUUUAUCCAGAUGGAGGGAACAUAAUAUCACGGAAACAUUCCUGAGGUUGGUGCAAGAGAUGAGCACAGGAGGAUUAUCUGAAACUACUGUACUAAGUGCAAGUAUGCUCACCUUUCAAGGUCUAGUUUAUGCUCUUGAUGACAGUUGGAUGUUAUCGGGCCUGGGGCUUAAUUAUGGUCAUGAAGACGAUGCCCUGAGGACAGCAGCGGUAUUGCAUUUCAAUGGAAACAUGAAACCAUGGCUCGAGCUUGGCAUUCCUAGAUACAAAAGUUCUUGGAGGAAGUUUCUGAACCUACAAAAUCAGUUCUUGAGUGAUUGCAAUGUCAAUCCUUAG